GUAUCAUUUGUUACAUUGAAAGGUGUCAUAAUCUGCACAAUCUCUACAGUGAAAAGUGUGUUAAAUAGUCUGUUAUAGUGAACGGUAUUUAUUGACUCUGUUAUAUUGAACGGUGCAGUAUGCUGUCUUAUAUUGAAGGGCAUCAUGUCGCCUUUCACAUUAUCAGUGUCAGACAAGGAGAGGUUCAGUGUGAGUGUGUGAGUGAGGGGUUGGCGCCCUCCUGGUAACUGUGAGUGUGAGCGGCGAGCGGCGCAUCUUCAAGGUCACUUCAAAAGUAAACAAAAGGGCGCCAAGGUGUAUAUAAAGAGAUGACGUCAUUAUCUCCAGGCCGCAGGGACAUUCUAUGGUGAUUUAUACAACACAUUGCCAGUACCUUAUUAUUGGCUCUCAUUAUUGUCUAGAGUUGCUUUAAAUGCUAAACCUGCAUCAUUAAUAGUUUGACAGAUGAGUUCUUAAAUGUAAAACUUUUCAACAACCUGUUAGUAUGCGCCAGUUUACUUGUGAAUAAUAUCAAAAGAUACUAAAACAUUUAAAUUGAAGAUGAAUUGCUACUUUUACCAUCUCUAUGAGUUUUUUCAAAUAUCAAAAUUUAUAUUCAAAGAAUGUAAAAACAGGUCCAAUGAGUCAUUUUAAACAAAAAAUAACAAAACAAAUAUUUUUUUAAACAUAAAGACAACUACAAUAAUGAAACAAAACCGCAGGAACCAAUAAUGAAAGUGUUUAUUUAUUGUCGAGCUGUGUUUUGGGCGUGAAAAAACAAGAUGGCUGCUGUGAAAGAGACGUUGAGGGGAUAAAUAAGCUUGUGACACCUCCACCACCGCCUGCACGACCCUUCCACCCUGACACCAGCGCAGCCCAAGGUUGAUUCGUGGUGUUGACAGCAGCAGCAGCAGCCUUGCCACAGCCCACCGGCACCACCAGCUUGAUUCCCACACACACUACACCAUUCCCUUGACCGUCUCUUUCAUGUCCCUCCAGCCACCACCAUGUCUAAAAAUGACAAGUCCAAGUCUCAGAGCUUUCUCAACAAAAUGGACAAGAUGCUCACAGGAACCUCCAAGAAGAAGGUUCCGAGCAAGGAGCGCGUCAGUAACCUUCCAAGGCCAAACUCGGACCUGGACCUGAAUGAGAUGGAGGAGGACCAGUACUACCUUGACAACCUGGCUGAUGAGGAGGUGCGGGAGAGGUUCCUCAACAUGAUCAAGGACAUGAACAUCGCCAAUGAGUCUGUCAUGAUGAACACUCCCCUGGACAAGAUGCGCAUCAUGCUGGAGAAUAAUUACAAGAUGGCCCAGACACAGCACAAAUUGGACUCCCCAAAGGAAUAUAUUGAGUACCUGCGGCGGGAUGACCUGAGUCCCAAGGCAAUAGUCAAGACCCUGGAGACGCUACAGGUUGCCCUCCGCAGCAACAAGAUCACGUGGCUGCAGGAGUUUGCCCACAGUGGCCUCCGUGUGUUGCUGGCCAUCCUUAAUGAGUGUUAUAGAAGCGGGAACAACAACCGUCAGUGGGACAACGUCCAGUUUGAGGCCAUCAAGUGUCUGAAGGUGAUUUGUAACAACAUUGUGGGCAUCAAGGAGUUCUUCCGGCAGCCGGAAGGCUUCACUCUGCUGGCCCAGAGUCUGACGCCCUCAAAGCCGGUCAUCAUGCUGGAGGUGCUGCGCCUCAUGAGCAGUUUCUGCCUCCCGCUGUGGCAGCAGGACGGGCUGGACGGCCACAGGGAGGUGCUGGAUGCCAUCACCAUCGUCGGGGAGCUCAAGAAGCAAGAGCGCUUCACUCCAAUCAUCAUGGGGCUGGGCAUGCAGGACAAUGAUCUGCUGCGCCUCAACUGCCUCUCCAUGGUCAACUCCAUCAUCAACUUUGUGCCCGACGACAACCUGGACUUUCGGCUGCACCUGCGCAACGAGUUCAUGCGGACGGGCCUGCACGACCUGCUGGAGAUCCUGGAGAGCAGCGAGCACGUGGACAUGAGGAAGCAGCUGGAGGUGUUCCACAAGUCCCGCCUGGAGGACUUUGAGGACUGGCAGGAUCGCUUCAUGAUUCACGUUGACGAGAUGGACGAUCUGGAACGCUGCUUUGAGGUGCUCAAGAACCAGGUCCAGGACUCCAACUGUGAGACGCCCAUGCUGUCCAUCCUGCAGCACCUCGCCUUCAUCCGCGACGACGAGAACUCCCGCUCUGCCUAUUACAAGCUGAUUGAGGAGUGCAUCUCACAGAUCGUCCUGCACCGCAAUGGCUGUGACCCGGAUUUCAGGGCCACCAAGCGUUUUGAGAUCAAGGUGGACCAGCUGCUGGACCAGUUCAAGGAGGAGACACGCACCAAGAACGAGAAGGUGACCUCUGAGUACCAGGCCCAGCUUGAGGACGCCCUCACCAAAAACCAGAAGCUGGAGGCUGAGCUGGCUCUGGCCAAGUCCCAGCUGGAGGAGGCCAUGCGCACGGGUGGUGAGGUGGCCAAGAAGGGCGGCCUGCCUGUUGUGCCCGGCCUGGAGCAAAGGAUUGCUGCCCCACCACCACCACCACCACCACCUGGCAUGGGAGGGCCCCCACCACCACCACCACCACCUGGCAUGGGAGUACCCCCACCACCCCCUCCACUGCCAGGAAUGGGAGGACCCCCACCACCCCCUCCACCACCAGGUAUGGGAGGACCUCCUCCCCCACCACCACCCCCAGGCAUGGGUGGUCCUCCCCCUCCUCCACCACCACCAGGCAUGGGUGGACCACCACCUCCUCCCCCGCCAGGAAUGGGAGGUCCACCACCCCCCCCGGGCAUGGGCUUCCCCCGCAUGCCCUGUGCGCCAGCCCUGCCCUUCGGCAUGACCCUGAAACGCACCAUGAAGCCGCCGGCGCAGACCAAGCGGCUGCAGUGGAGCAAACUGAUGCCAAUGCGCAUGAGUGAGAACAGCAUGUGGGUGCGGCUCAACAAGAAGGACUCUGCCAUCCGCCAGGAAGUGCUCAAGGACCUCAGUGAGCAGUUUGCAAUGAAGCAGGUGCGGCGGAAAGACCCAGAGCAGGCCGAGAAGCCAGCCAAGCGGGACAAGGAGCUGCGGGUGCUGGACACAAAGACCAACCAGAACCUGUCCAUUGCCCUGCGGGGACAGUUCAAGCACAUGAGUGUGGAUGACGUACGGUUGGCCAUCCUGCAGUGCGACGAGUCUAUCCUGUGCACUGACUCGGAGGGCAAGCCCGACGCGGCCACCCUGCAGACCCUCAUCGUGUCUCUGCCUGACCACGACGUGAUCAACAAGGUAGUGGCGCUGGAGGACCCCGGCGACGACCUGGCAGAGGGCGAGCUGUUCCUGUACCGCAUCGGUCGCAUCAAGAAGCUGGUGCCACUGCUGCGCAACAUGGCCUUCAAGACGGAGUACCCCGCGCUGGUCAAGGAGACACGCCUCGACAUUGUCAACACCAAGGCUGCCCUCGACGAGCUCUCCAACUCCAAGAAGUUUGAGCGCGUGCUGGCAUACAUCCUGGAGUUUGGCAAUGUGCUCAACUCUGGCUCAAAGAAUGCAGACACGGUGGGCUUCGACAUCAGCUUCCUCCCCAAACUGUCCAACACCAAGAAUGCUGACGGCCACACCUUGCUCCACUACCUCGCUGACACACUCAUGAGGGAAGAGUCAGAGAGUUCAGACUUUGAGGACGGACUCAUCCACUUUGCCGACGCGGAGAGGGUCAACGUGGAUGUGGUGAAGGCAAACAUUGAUAAGAUGAAGAAGGAGAUUAAAAACAUUGGCAAUGACCUGCAGAGGCAUGUCAAGCAGGACCCAGAGGACAGGUUCAAGGAGAAGUUUGAAGAGUUCUUCCACGAUGCGGAGAAGGACAUAGCACUUCUGGAGACAGAGUUUGACAUGAUGCAGAAGAAGUACGAGCAUGUGGCUGAACUCUUUACUUUUGAUGUCAAUAAGUACUCACAGGAGGAGUUCUUCAGGGACAUCAACAAGUUCAUAGUCUCAUACAAGACCGCAAAGGAGCAGAUCAUGAAGGAGGAGGACAAGCGGCGCAGGGACCAGGAGGCACGGGAGAGAGCCGAGAGGGAGAAGGCGGAAAGGGCAGAGAGGGACACGAGGCAGAGGGCACUCCAUGACGUGACCAAUGACCAGAGCAACACAGAGGUGAUGGAUCAACUGGUGCAACUCAUCAACACUGGACAAGCGUUUGAUGUGAUGGGGGCCGGGCGCAGACGACGACCAGGGAAGACAACAGCCGAGAGAAGGGCCCAGAUGAACCGCAGCCGUUCUCGCUCAGGGCUAAUCACGCAGUCUCCCACUAGCAAUAAGGAUAUCAAACUGAGUGAAGGAAUGGACAUCGACGUGGAGAACCAGCCAGCACGUCCCUCCCGGCCCCGCACGCGCCGCCCCGGCCUGCCCACCGGUCUGGAGUCACGGGACAGAAACUUUGGCCAGCAGAACGAGAAUGGCAGUGAUUCUUCGGACGCCCUGCUGCAGCGGCUGAGGGAGCUGUAGGUGGCGCCUGCUGCCGCUGCCUGUCACCCGCCAGGAACAAAGGCUCAAUGCACCGCCACCUGUCUGUGUGAGGCAUGGCACUCCGAUGCUGUCUGGGUGGCACUGCGGCUAACACUGUACAUAGACAUACCUACACACUCACAGACACACACAAACACCAAGUCAGUAAGGUAAGGCAAGUGUUCCUUCUCGUAUUUUCUCAGUCCGUGUGAAUCCGAGGAAAUAUUCCCCGUAAUGGAUCUGUGGAUUGAUCCGCCCGACUCGUGGUGAUGAGUGGUGUAUAGGACGCCCCACUUGGCCCGCCAGCCGUGUGUGUCGCUCCUUUGUGUGGAGUGGCGGCGGUGGCGGUGCAGUCUGGCCAACUAAAGGGAAGUCAUUCUUGUGACUUGCCAAAGUUAGGUUGGCAAGUUGCAAGAUAUACCAUCUCUCCAACCUUUUAUAUGCAUUGUAUUGCAAUAUUUUAAUUAUAUCAAAGUUGCAGUUUUACUUAAAAUCUGUAUGAUGAGUAUAUUUUUUUGACUUUUAUAUGAAGUUUGCAAUUUCCAUUUUGAGUAUGAAGGUCAUGUAAGUGUGAGUGAGUUCCAGAAUAGCAAACCACCACAUAACAUAACAGUUCUGAGUGUUGAUAGUGUAUAACUUAUUGUUCAUCUUAGCAAUUCUGGGUUCCAGAUACUGCUGUGCAUUGAUUGCUUCUCCACUUGUGCUUCUCUCUUUGUUAUAUUUAUUGUUGUGUCUGUACUAAUGUCCUGAUCAUGAUAGCUUUAAGCACACCAUCUCAGAUCAGCUCCUCGUCCUGCCUCAUGUUGUACUGCCAGUAUGUAGUGUUCAAGACUUCAAGUGUUCCUUCCUGCCAGCACCACCUCUGCUCCUCAGUAGUCCUGCACACCACUCCCACAUUGCCCCAUUGCCUGGCCUGGUGGUGAGUGCUGUCAUUGUGUGUGGACAGAGAGAGGAACCAUUGUCCAUUGUGUCCUCAGCAAGACUUUUGAGACUCACUUCUCCAGGGAUGGUUGGUGAUCAAAUAUGCUUACAUAAGUGAACUUGAUUUGUCACCAAUAGUGAGUAAUCUGAUUCCUCAGUGGAUGGACAGACUGCUCUUUGAAGUAAAAACUGUAUUUGGGUGUGUUUCAACUACUGUAUUUCAAGUGAUCUUGGUAAGCAGGUCACCCUGAGGUUCUGAGUGUACUAGUUGCCACACCCUCAGUAGAAUAAUGCAUCAUGUGUAUAUCCAUAAGUUGAGAGAACAGUCACAGUGCAGCAGCAUUAGUCUGUUGUUUAGUGCUAUCCCUGCCUGUUACUGCCUCACUCUGAGGGUCUUUAUCUGACAUAACAUGUUUGAUAAAAGAUUUUUCAAUUGGUUCUUUUCAGGAAUUGUAAUAUGUGCUCAAAAGUUCAUUUUUAUUGUAAGUGGAGUGAUAUAUUAUGAGAAUUUCUUUUCAAAUGAUUCUUGCAAAAUUUUCCAUGCAAGGCAACAUGUUGUGGCUACAGUCUACAGGGUGAGUGGUGGGAUUUGUGUGAGAGAAGGAAGUCAUGAGGGAACAAGUUGACCCUCUCCUUCACACCAAUCGUUUGUGAUGCAUUGCCCGUGCCUUCCCAUUUCUCCGUCUCUCCUCGGUUGUAUCUCUCUGCCAGAAUAGGUCUUGGCUACUGCAUUCCCAAGUGUUAAGGCAGAUAUUUAUUUUUCUUUCAAGGGGAGGGAGGAAUUGUAGUAUAAGGUGUAUAAAGAUAGGUUAGUCCCCCUUGAGUAAGGUUGCCACAAGUGGAGAAACCUGCUCACACUUUUUUAUCUCUUUCUUCAGAUUUCCUUGAGUUUCUGAAAUAGCAAGAUUAUUGGAGGUCUUAUUGGUUGCAAAUGUGCUGUGAACUCCUGACAUGAAGCUUGAAAAGGAAGUGUGUGUUGUGUAGUCAAAUUUUGUACAGAUGUCUUACUCUAUGCAUUCUGUAGCCUGUGUAAUGUUGUGCUGGGAACGUGUAGCAAUGCAAGCAGGAGUGCACCAAUCACAUGUGUUGAGAGAAGCUUCAGUAACAUAACAAGCUUUCAUGCAUGGUCAGCAUUGCCACAGUUAUCCCAUAAAGCCAAGUAGAUACACACAAGUGGUUACUGAUAUGAGUUGUCAGAGUAAUACUAUAAUAGUGUGCAGUGUGUGAUGAUACUACAGCAGCCAGCAGCACAAGAGUGUAUACCAGGUGCUGAGAAAAGCAUUUUGAAAUUCACCCAUAGUUUGGAUUGAUUUUAAUGAUCCUUCAUAAUGAACAAGAAUACAUAUCCCUUGGUACAACAUGAUACCAGAUUCUUUGUAAGGUCUAACUAAAUUUUAUUUUAUGUGUGAUAACUUGAAGUUGAUGUGUUUGUCAUCUUCGUAUGUGUUAUUUUUAUAGGAUUCAAAAUGGUGUUUAGAUUUUAUUUACUUCUCAAAAAUUGUCUAUUUUUUACUUCCCCAAAAAAUUGUUAUUUUUUUAUCAUGCAGUCCAAUGGAUGACUCCUUUCAUAAACUCCUGUUUUAUUCAUUUCAUUGUUUCACAAGUAACAUGAAACGUGUGUGUGUGUGUGUGAGGGAGUGAGUGUUGCAGUAAUUCUAAGGUUGAUGUGCUGAUCAUUCCACUCACUGCUUAAUUUUGUCUUAAGAGGUUUGAGUUUCAGUGUGCAGACCUGUGAUGCGACCUGACUAAAUUAACUCCUAUGGCUGUGUGUGUGUGUGUGUGUGUGUGUGUGUGUGUGUGUGUGUGUGUGUGUGUGUGUGUGUGUGUGUGGAGUCUCAUUUCUUGUGCCAUGAAGCUUGUCACGUACAUAGGUGCACUACAGAUGGUAAUAUAUUUAUCCGACAAUUGAUAAAUUUGCACCAUUUAUCUUUAUAUCUGUAGCGAUAUUUUCUUUUAUUUGCACCCUUCUCUUGUAUGUAAAAGAGAAAAACCAUAUCUUGAAAUAUUAUUCUUUAUAUUUUUAAUUCAUUUAAUUGUCAGAGUCAAGCAAGCCAGUCUUUUCUUAUGCACAAAAUGCAUUGUAUCAGUAAGACAUUUUCUUUUUUCAUGCACGAAGCAGCAAAUCUUAGUCGCUAGUAUUUAGAGCAUUCCUACAUUGGAUCUCAUGUCUAGGGGUUAUUACCACAUGUCAGAGUGUGAACAGACAACCAUAGAAGUGUUCUUGUGUGUAGCUGAUUAAGGAAGAAAGACGAGGAACAUACAAGGUUAAUACACUGGUCUGUGUGAGGGAGUGUGUCUUAAGCUGUUGUGGUUAUGGUGAAGAAAAUAGAAGUGAUGUUAGAAGAGUUCAGAAAAGCUGGUGUGUAUUUGCAGCUUCCAAGAAUAAGAGAAACAAUGUGGUGUGUGUAGAGGAGGGUAAAUGUGUGAUGUAUGUAUAGUGAUAGGAAGAAGCAGAGGCAGUUGUGGUGUCUGGGUGUGUCAGGCCUAAAAGGAUUGAUUGGGAAUGUUGGAGGUGAUGUGCAGUGCCUUCUUAACUCCAGGUGAAUGUGAUGCCUUAGUGAGUUGUCAAGUAGUCCUUCUUUACUCUACAUAGCAGGGCUGGUUAUCUAUUCACCCCUGCCCAUAUUGUCUGUUCUCCAGUGGUGAUGGAAUUCAUUAUCUACUACUACUGUGUACUACUAUCAUAAUUAUUAUCAUCAUUGUCAUCAUUAUCGCUACGGCUGUUGUUGUUUUAUUGUUGCAGCAGUCUCGCAUAUCAUUCAUCAUCAACACAUGCAUAUCACUUCAUGGCAGGUUACACAACAUUUUUUGGUUCAUUCAUAUUUCCUCUAUUUUUCUUUUUACCUGCAACUUUCUUUCUCUUUGUGUAAUGUUCAUGCAUAACAUAUUGACUUGAUUCAUUGUGAGGAGGUAAUAUGUAACAAAAGGCAGUGUUCUGGGAGGCACCCCAAGUAUACACACACACACACACACACACACACACACACACACACACACACACACACACACACACACACACACACACACACACACACACACACACACACACACUAUAUCAAGAACUGUGACUUCCCAAACAGAAGUAUUGAGCUAGGAAUGCCUUGGGUGUGGCAGCAACAAUGUGAGGAAGGAACACCAUUUCUCUGAAGCUGGAUAAAGACAGACUUGGAGACGAGACAGCGUGAACUUGUAUACUAUAGAUAGAUGAAUACAAAUUAAGUUACCCAACACACGCACAGCUACAUUUCGUACAAUUGGUGGUGCAUUUCUGUGAUAAAACUAUACAUGGUGCAUUUUUAUUUAUUCAUUUAUUCUUUUUUAUUUUUUUGUCAUCUUUGUCAGUUUGUAUCAUUGUGUAUUUGCAGUAAUUCCUUGUUUCUUCAUUCCAUUUCCCCUCAUUCCUCAUCACCACAUACCUGGAAGCGAGCAGGUUUAUAGUGUAACGAGUGAGGUGCGUUUGGUGUUAAUCGGCCUGGAAACCUGGGAAGUGAGCCUGGUUUAUAAGGAUUUUUUUUAUAUAUUUUAUUUAUUUAUUUAUUUAUUUUUUUUUUUUGCUAGAGGGGGACUAAACCUCAUAUUUUGUAGUCUCACAUGUGUUCUUAAUCUCUUCCCUCCCCCUUAGUGGUGCUUCCAGUGUGUGUGUGUGUGUGUGUGUGUGCGUGCGUGCGUGCAAGAGGUGGUUUUCUAUAGCUCUUUGCCAUUUAUUUACUUAAACGUGUGUAUAAGAACAAUGAAUUUUGCUAAUGUGCCAGUUUGUUCACUAUUUUAUCCGCACUUCCUUCAUCCACAACAUUUGGCUGUUGUGGUUUAUUUUCCACGUUCAGAAACGCUUUGCUCUCACCAAGACUGUUUUCAGAGGCCACAUAGAUGAUUGGCGGGAUUCUCAAGAGUGUUUCUGCUAUUAAUGGUAUAUAAAUCUUGUCAUUCUAUCAUUUGAACCAUAAAAACACCUUAAAAAACUUAUGUAACUAUGAAUAAAGAAAGCCUUUUGAAAUAGUUGGGGUAAGGCGCACAAGUGUUUGAGAAUAUGAGUAUGUUUUCAAUUGACACAUGAUUUUUCUGAUAAUAUUGAGAAAAAAAAAUUACCCUCUGUCUGUAUUCCAUAAAAGUAUUGCUUAGAAACAGAUGAUAUCUCUCAAUUAUUUUCUAGUGAUAGUUGAUAUUUUACAUUCUUUUCUGAUCACCAAUAGAAGUGCCUUGGAUCCGCCAGUUAGUAGAGAGUGUAUCUUGUGUUGCAUUGCCUGUGAGUAUCCCCAGUGUGGCCACAGUUAAGCAUUAUCGAGGCAUAACUCCAACCACGUUAUGCUUCCCUGUAUAUCAAUGCCAUUUCUUGUGCCUCUUGAUGUCCUGUUUCUUUGUCAAGUUCCUCUCCCGUGUGCACUGUUGUGUUUGGCCUUUUUUGCUCUGUUAUUUAUGCAUUUAUUUAUUCCGUUCAGUGGAUGUAGGCAGUGCAGUGUUGUGUUUUCCUUUCUUCAUAUCAGAGUUGGGAUGCUUUUCUCUUCCCUCCUGCCAAGGCUAAGCAUGUGUGUCGUGGUUUUUGCAGUAGAUCCUUCCUUUUCUUCUUUUUGCUCAUCUAUGUAUCAAAGUGUUCAGGAUUUGCAGUCAGGUGCCUCCUUGGUGUGCCUCGGCUAAAGGGUAUUGAAGAUUUGGUGAUAUCACAUGUUUUAUUUGACACUGUGUUCAUUUACUUAGUACUGAGUGAGUCACAUUUGUUUUUAGUUAUGUGUUCCUUACAUUUCACUCAUCUAUGGGGUAAUAUAACUGAAAUUUCUCUCUCUCUCUCUCUCUCUCUCUCUCUCUCUCUCUCUCUCUCUCUCUCUCUCUCUCUCUCUCUCUCUCUCUCUCUCUCUCUCUCUCUCUCUCUCUCUCAAGCAUUGAUGCUAUAUACAUUAAUUUAGCAUUGAGUUCUCUUCCCCUCCAUGGAUAGUGCCAGAGUGCCAGUAUCAACACAGCCACACUCGUCCUUCCCUCCUCUGUGUGCCCUUCCUCUCAGUGCAUGAACUGUAUAGAUUUCAAGCACUAAGUUUUCCUGUUCCCUGGUCUGUGGUGUGCCUUGUCUAUAUUUUGCAGCCACAAGCAGGUUCUUCCCUCACACCAACUCUUACUCAGGCUGCAGACACUACUGGUUUGGUCAUUUGUAUCCUCUCAGUUUACAGUUCAUAUGGUUUUCCAGUACUUUGGCUUCCCUGUGUGUGUUUUGCUUUGUUGAAGUGUCUUUGUAUCUGCUCUGUUGUAUUUCCAUCUUCAAAGUGAUGAGUCUACUAUACUGUAUGUUGCCAUUCUGAAUUAUGAAGAUUGGUUAGGUUUCAUGUGUGUGUGGCUGUUUCAAAGGACAUUUUUAGGCCUCAAAUGUUUCCAUCUUUGUGAAUUGCUUAGACCUAGUCUGUGUUCAGCUUUGAAAGCUAUAAUCACUUGAAUGACUGGUCUGCUCUUUGUGUGUGUGUGUGUGUGUGUGUGUGUGUGUGUGUGUGUGUGUGUGUGUUUCCUAUGUGGGGUAUGCACUGUCCUGGCUGGUCUGUGUGUCCUGACAUGGCACUGUUGCAGUUAGGGGGUGGGGGUGAGGGUGUGUUGAGGCAGGGGUCAGGGGGGUGUGCUAGCUGGGGGCACACAGGGGAGGAGAGCCAAGCAGUGCCACCCAAGGCAACAGUACAAGUGGGAGUAAUUACUGUACAUACGAUGAGAGAUAGCAAUAUAUUUUUCUGCCGUACAUCCUGUGACCUCUGCAAUACCUGUUUCUAAAUGGAAAGAAAAGAAAUCUUCUGAAAGAUUUACAUUGGAAAACCAUUUGUAAAUAUUUUUAUAAAUACCAGAUAAUUUUAUAUAUAUAUAUAAUUUUUCUCUUCAAAAUGUUACCAUUAACUGUCUUGUAAUAAAGAUUGGCUUGGCUA